AUGGUUAAGCGAAGCCUUCAAAAGCCUACUGGAGCUGUCAGGGUCAAGGCAGCUAAAGUCUCACACCACAAGGACAAAGUAGGUCCCGAUGCUAUUGAUAAGAUGGCCAACCAGGAGCUCUCAGAAGAACAGCGUGCGUUGAAAGAGCGAAUCUUUUCUUUUUGCAGAGAAAAUCUAAGCAAUGAUAUUACUACAAAGAAACCAGCAAUGUUUGUGAUUCAAGGAGACGCUGGAACAGGGAAGAGUGUUAUUCUCAACUCGCUCUUUAAUGACCUUCAAAAGACAGCCAAAACCGGCAAGCUUGCCACUGAUCCACUCGUCGGGUCUGAGAAUUAUCUCGUGGUGAACCACCCAGAGAUGCUCAAGCUGUAUCACCGGAUUGCCAGCGGGUUUCCAUAUUUGACAAAGCGCGAGCUUGAACGGCCCACAUCACUAAUAAACAGGUUACAGAAGGAGCGCAAAAUGGCCGAUGUGAUACUCGUGGACGAGGCACAUUUAUUGGCUAGUUCUAAGGACGCUUUCAAGAGGUUCUUUCAAGAGAAUCAUCUUGAAGAACUUAUGAAACUAGCACGUGUUCUGGUAGUAGUCUUCGAUGACAAACAGUCGCUACGUAUGGGCUCAUACUGGAAUUUGGGUGAUUCAAGCAAAGGAUCUGAAAAUGGUGCUUCGCUUUCCACUUACCUCGCCAGGGCAGCAUUACACGAAACUCACAAUUUAAAACAACAAUUCCGUGUAGUUGCGGAGAAGGACAUGCAAGAUUGGAUCAGGGAGAUCUCUACCACGAAGAAGAUUUUGCCUCACCCUAAGCUAGACCAGCAGAAACGAGAUCAGGGCUUGGAUGGUUUCGAUUUCCGGAUCUGGGAUGAUGCCCAAGCCAUGUAUGAAGCCAUCCAGCAGAAGGAUAACGAAUUCGGUCAAUGCAGAAUUCUGGCCACUUAUGAUUUCCCUUACCGUCUAGACGGGAAAGACUACUUUGUGACUUGCGACGGAUUCCGAUUGCGGUGGGACAGAUAUACACCUCAAGUUCAAACUCCCUGGUCAGAGAGGCCUGAUACCAUUGAAGAAGUUGGUUCAGUUUACACGAUUCAGGGUUUUGAUUUGAAUUACGUGGGUAUCAUAUUGGGAAAGUCCAUAGGAUACGAUGAAGAAAAAGACGAGAUCAAAAUCAGACCUGAGUUCCAUGAUGAUCAUGCAGCGUUCACCCGCAAGAAGAACAUUACACAAGCAGAUGAGGCGAAGGAAAAAAUUAUUUUGAACUCAUUGAACGUACUGCUGACCAGGGGAGUCAAAGGUCUGUAUAUUUGCGCCUACGACCCAGCUUUGAGGAAGAGACUUCGUGAGUGUUGA